CUCAAUAGAUAUUUUCAAGCUCCACAUAAAGUUUCACAGGUAUAGCAACCCAAAAAUAUCUACCAAAACUCCUACAAAUACACAUACUCAAACACCCAAUUUCACAAAAAGGUUUUCAUUGCAAAAAAAAGAUAAUCCAGGAAGAGUGAGAUUAGGAACUUUGGUAGCAUAAAAUGGAGUGCUGUGGGAGGCCAAACAGGAGUGACAGUCAUCUAUCAGCUGAGGAAGAGGCCACCAUAGAAGCACAGACCAGAGAGUAUUUUGAAGAAGGGGCACCAAAGCGCCACACAAAGCCUCAACGCAGUGAGUAUUCUUCUCAAUAUGUGGACAACAUCAAUGGAGUUAGCAAUGAUUCUACACCAGAAAUGUUGCAGUUUCAACGCCUUGAGAAUGAUCCUCAGGAGAAGUUGGUUUACAAUGGAAAUCAAGUGGCAGAGGAAUUUGUGGAAACAGAGUAUUACAAAGAUCUCAACAAUGUGGACAAACACCACCAUACGACAGGAAAAGGGUUUAUCCAAGUAGACAAAAGUGGCACAGGCUUCCACAUAGAACCAGAUAAUGACACUGGCCACCACCACUCUUCCAAGGGAAAUCCAGCAACUAACGAAUGGGUUCCUGCUCCUUCCACUGAGGAUGUUUUCAAUUCAGACAAACCUAGCAGGAGUGACAACUGAAAUUUUGCAUGAAGAUAAUAAUAAUAGUAUGAGUUUCAUUUCAGAUUGUGGGGAUUCCAUUUAGUGCUUAAAGUUCCAAUUCCAAAGCAAAUAAUAUAAAUUAGAAAGACUUGUGAUUCGGGUUCAAAGUUAUUGUGUUUGAAUAUGGUACUGUUUAGCAUUCAUCUAGUAUCCUUUUAUGUCUUACGCUGAUCUGGAAAAAUAUGUAAUCUCAUUUAAGUUUUCCUUUAUGCAAGUUAUUGGUGGCUCACUGGUUCCUA